ACAAAUUCGUGUGACGUCAUUAUGGCCUAGUUGAGGGUUAGGUUUAGAGAUGGGGCUAUAUUGAGAAAUUUUCGUCGAUGGGACUGUGCUGAUGAAUAUAUAUUUGUAUACGUAGAUAUUAUCGAUAGCGUAGAAUCUAAGGAAUUCACUAAGGGCAGGUAAAAUUAGGAGGGCUUCGAGCACUCUCUGAAAUGUCCCGACAUGAAGGCGUUAGCUGUGAUGCGUGCUUGAGAGGAAAUUUUCGUGGACGACGUUACAAGUGUUUAAUAUGCUAUGAUUAUGAUUUGUGUGCUGCAUGCUAUGAAGUAGGAGCAACCACCACAAGACACACGACUGAGCACCCUAUGCAGUGUAUUCUAACUAGGUCAGAUUUUGAUUUGUAUUAUGGUGGUGAAGCACUUAGUGUAGAGCAGCCGCAGGCUUUCACGUGCCCAUAUUGUGGGAAAAUGGGCUUUACUGAGACAACAUUGCAAGAGCAUGUUGCCUCAGAACAUUCAGAAACGUCUUUCGAAGUGGUUUGCCCAAUAUGCGCAUCCCUACCUGGGGGUGACCCAAAUUUGGUUACUGAUGACUUCGCGGGUCACCUAACCUUAGAGCAUCGCAGUGGACCUCGGGACCUGAUAUCCUUUCUCGAUGAACCAACAGGAUCAAGGCAUGGAGUACGGAGGAUACCACACUCAUCACGUGGCGUUGGAGGACCUAGAGCUAGAAGAUCGAACAUGCACUUCAGCUCGUCUGGUGGAUUAUCUUCACUUUCACCUUCAAGCCGAGAAAGUGUAGACCCAAUAGCAGAACUCCUGUCCCAGCUGUCUGGAGUGCGCCGUUCAGCAGCUGGGCCUGGUUCCACGCCUUCACAGCUCCAGCAGCUGCAGAUGCAGCUGCAGUUGGAGAGGCAGCAGGUGAGGGCUGCACGACAACAACUGGAGCGGUUACCUCGGAGGCAAACACAAACAGCUUCAUCAGCAAAUACUGGUGGAGCGGGAUCUUCGGGUUCAGGUGCAGCUGGAACCACGACAACAGGAAAUCCUGCUGUGCCAUCAGAGUCAAAAGCUCAGAAUUCUCAGAACAGUUCUCAGUUCCUGCUUUCUAGAUGCUUCAAUCCACAUCUGACAGAUGCGGAGCUCCAAGUUUUGGAACGAGAAAGGGCAAAUCGUAGCCUCUUUGUGCAGGAAGUUGUUUUAUCAUCAAUUGUCGAAGAAGCGUCGAAGCUGUCCUUGACGGGAAAAGGUGCUGAAGUGAUAGGAGUACGGAAAGAAAGUGAAGAAAAAGCUGCUGCUGAGGAAGAGUGUGUAACUUUGAAAACAUCAGCUGGUGCCCCAUUAGAUAAUACAAAAAAUCUCUCGGAAGGAGAGGGGAGAAGCACGGACUCCCAAGGGAUAACUGCGCCUCAGCAGCCCAUCGGACAGGGUCAUCAGCCUGCACCUGUGGCAGCUGCACAGGUUUCUACCUGUAUGCCCCACACAGUGCGCCAUCGAGAGCACCUACUACAGCAGCAAGUUGUUAAGCAGCAUCAGCAUCUUCUCCCACAGGCCCAGCAACAACCGCAGCCUGUCCCAGGAACAUUAAGGCGUGCUGCACCAACUGUUGCUAGAGGCCCUGCUCCAGUGCUGACUCGACAGUCGGUGCCGCCACCUCCGCAGCGAGUGCAAGUGGUCCCGACAGUACGGGUUGUGACAGGCACUGGCACAGUUAGGGAAGUUGCCCCAUCCCCUCUCCUUUCAGUGGCUGCAGCUCUUCCCGUACCAGGUGCUCGAGGCGGCGCCUCUUCCCCUGCUCCUUCUCGUAGGAAGCCUGUUCGACCGGGAACUGGCAGUAGCACGGGAGCCACAGAAGCUAGUGCAGGCACUAGGAAUCGUUCUGCCGAACCCCCGCCACCUCGUUAACAAAUGGCUAUUGGUCCUGUAUCUAGUCCAGCUGCUUAGAAUUAAAUUCCACUGUUAAUUCAUUGGAUCCUUCAUUUAUUUGUAAUUAUAUUUUGCCAUCUGUGUACAAACUAUGUGAAAGUUGGUGAGUCUGACAUAAAGAGACAUCCUCUUGUUCUUCGUGGGAGUCAGGAUAUCUAUUUGUUGACUGUGACUAUGGUCACUCAUUAGUCUGUCACAGUUUUUGCUAAAUUUUAAAAGCAAAUAUAUAUUCAGCAGUCUCAGAUCUUUGUAUUAAAGAUUUGAAUUAUUGUGACAUUCUUACAUUGGGGGUAGGGUUCUGUUGUAUAUUGUUAUAUAUAUGUAUAUGACCUUAUAAGUAAGUCGUAACUAAACCUUGAUAUAUAUGUUAAUAUACUUGGUAAUAAACACCUUGGGCAUGUCAGUCUGACCAGCUUUUGCAGACUGUUGUAAAAUAGCUUGUGUGUGGGCUGUGUGUGUGUACUUGAAUCUGCAAGAUGUGGAUGUGCGUGGUAGACUGUUGAGAAUGAACUGAUCUUGUUUUCCAUAAAUACAAAUGUAAAAUAUCUUUUUUUUUUUUCAGACAUAGUCUUUGUUAAGGCAAAGAGAGAAGUCCUAUCCAUUUUAUUUCUUUUUUUUCCCCCUACCUUUAUUAUUUUGUAAUCUCUUCUGUGAUUUAUUGCACAGAGUGCUUUACAGUUCUGGCACACUCAUAGACUGUUAAUUAUUCAUGUGAGGGAUUAAACUUUGCUCUCUGUUAAAUGCAGAUGUGUAACCAUUAACAGGUCUAACAAAUGAAUUUCUGUAACAAUCUCAUGAAAUCUAUUUAGGUGAGCACCGUGCAUCAGAUUUUAUAGACUUUUUUCGAUUAAUAUGGGCAUGUGCUGCUGCAGUAGUAGUCUUUAUUGCCACAUUUUAUUUGUAUUUGCUGUAAUUAAAUCAAUUAAGCCCUAUAAAAAAAUGUGCUUAAACUUUAUUGUUUGGGAGGACAGAUAACAGUUCAGAGUAAUUUUGUCUUUUUGUUUUGACAUGUCACUGGUUAAUAAAGCUGUCAUACAAUUUGGA